AUGGUUAGAGAAAAGGAAAAGCCUAGAAAGAUCACAAUCGCUGACUAUUUCCAAAAGUCGCCAAAGCCGCAGCCAGAAAAUGUCGAAGAAGAGGAAAAUCAAAAACAAAGCACAUCGAACGACUUUGCGGACGUGCAAAACCUGAAAUGUCCAAAGAGGAAAGUGAUCAUAGACGAUAAGGAUGAACCAGAGAAAAAAACACCUCGAAAACGCGGAGAUGCGAUUAAAAAACAGGCAAAAGGACAGCGAGUGUUGGAUGCUGGGCAGAAGAAAAUUGGAAAUAUCACCUGUGAUAUUUGCAAUAUGGUGUACUGUGUCGAUGAUGCUGCCGACGUCGCAAUGCAUGAUAAAUACCACGAAGCGAUGCGAUUCCUAUUCGAGAUUCCACGGGAAUUCUCCUUCCAAAUACUUCAAUUUCCCCAUCGAGAUAUGAACGAAGUGCUCCGAGUGUAUUAUCUGGAACGAGAGAAGGCUGAAGAACCAUUUAAGAAACUGAUGAAUAAGCACAUCAAAAAUGUCAACAACCUUCUAGGUUAUGUGGGCAAGGAUGCUGAUGAUGAUAUAUGGGAGGGCGACAAGCGAAUUUUCAUUGCUCUAGCCAGAAAUGAUAGGAGAAUGAGGAUCGGAGGAAUUCUAAUUGUUGAAAAGAUUGCGAAUGCGUGGACAAAUCAGUCACAAAGAGAAGUUGGAGCCGGCUAUGAUAGAACUGAUUGGAUCGUUGGAGUUGAUCGUAUAUAUGUGGACCCAUUCUGUCGUAGAAAUAAGAUCGCGUCUCAUCUGCUCGAUGCCGCCACAACUCAGACUCAAGAAAUGCAAUUCCGAGAUCGUCGUUUGCGAAUGGCUAUGUCGGAUCCAUCCGAUGAUGCUAUUAAGCUGGCGAAGGCAUUCCUGGAGACCAGAUACAUGGAGGAGGAUCAGUUUGAUGGCGAAAUUUUAAUUUAUUGA